CAACAGCUCGCCCGCCGCGCCCGCCGCGCCCGCCGCGCCCAUCACUCGUACCUUUGAACACUUAAUUGUGACUCCACCCACCACACUCCACACAGCGGGCUCACACCUCCAAGAGUCACGAGUCAAGAGUUGAGCUCAGACUCCAUUCCGCGAGCAUCUUUGCGCUCUGCAGCUGAUAUGGAGCAACGCCUGCGCAUCUAUCACUCUUGACUGUCAUCAGGCAGCAUCGCACCUCCGCUCCACUCCCCCCCACACCCGCACCUUUUGACCUUCGAUCGGCAGAAAGAAGGGUGCUGAUUCGGCGUGACAGACCGACACGAGCUUCCUCGGACGCGGGGGUGGGCAGACGCAGACGCUGGAGGGCAUCGCAUCUCAUCGCAUCGCAUCGCAUCAGCCAGCAGCGAUGGGACUGGCCAUCUCCACACUGUGGAGCUCCUUGUUGGGUCGAUCCAAAGAGUUGAAAAUUUGUAUAUUGGGAUUGGAUAAUGCGGGAAAGACUACAUUGUGUUAUCAGAUGAGCAUGGGUCAAGCUGUCGCUACUGCCCCUACAGUAGGCAGCAACACGGAACAAUUCACUUUCAAAAAUUUGUCAUUCAUAUUGUGGGAUGUGGGAGGACAGGCUUCUUUGAGAGCCAGUUGGACUUCCUACCUUGCAGGUCUGGGCGAAGGCAAAGGCGGCGUAGUCUUCGUCUUUGAUUCGACAGAUCGGGAGAGGAUAUCCGUCGCACUGCAAGAAUUGCACAGGGUAGCAGGCGAUGAACAAGUUCAAACUGCCCCGCUGCUCAUCUUUGCGAACAAACAAGAUGUUCAAGGUUGCCUCAAUCCCGCCGAAAUCUCAGACGCGCUAAACUUGACAGCGCUCAGAUUGAGGGAUUGGCACAUUCAAGGCUGCUCAGCCUUGACUGGCAAAGGCGUGACGGAAGGACUGGAUUGGCUCGCUGCUAGAUUAGCAGGUUGAUUGCCACACUUUACAACUCUCAAGCAACGCAAUAUUAGCAUCUCUUUCACCAUCCUGUCCAUACCCUCAUCCUCCGUCAUCCCGCGUGCACAUCUAACCAUCGACUUCUGCCCCACGCACAUACCUUCUCUCGCAGCUGCGAUGGGUCCUGUUCAAGCGUCUGAAGCAUUAUCGCCUCACAGUCCCUUGCUCCUCACAAUUCUGCCGCAGAAAGCGGACCGAUCGGACUCGGAAAUGUGGUUCUGAUCUGAUCGCACUGCGUGAUUUUUUCAUUCACUACUCUGAGAGGCCUUCAAGGACAUACGUGACUGCAAGUCCAGAUGACGAGGGGCAAUAACGCUCCACCGGGCAGCAGCGCAAGCAAUUGCGCUUUGUAAGAAUGACAUUGCCGUAAUGUGAACGUGAACGCCG